AAUAAAAUGAAUAAAAUAGAAUUAAUUCAAUUGCUUAAUAUAGCAUUCUAUAUUUACUAUAAUACAUUAAAAAGACAAUGUCUAGAAGCAAUAAUGGUAUAACCAAUUACAAAAAUAUCUUUAAAAAAAAAAUGCGAUACUAAAAAAAUUAAUUAAUAAGAGAACGACAUAUUCAAAUUAAAAAGAUGGGAGAUUCAUUAGACUUUUUAACAAAAUAUCAUAAUAUAUCGAACAAAUUAAAGAAACGAUUUUUAAGAAAACCAAAUGUUGCUGAAGCAAGUGAUCAAUUUGGAAUAUUGGCAAUUGAAUGUGAACAAAAAGAAUUAUGGCAAUAUGCAGGUUUAUGUUUAUUAGCUGCAGCUAGAUGUCAAGAAACAUUGGAAAAUACCUUUUCUGAAUUAAAUUUUUUAAUAAAAGCUGGUCGAGAAUUUCUUAUGGCUGAUAAAAAAGAUAAAAACAUAGGAUGUUCUUCUAUAGGACAAGAAAAUAUACAGGCUGCAGUAAAUUGUUUUGGUCAAGCUUUAACACAUUGUUAUAAUCAACCAGGAUUCAAUACUAUGUCAGCUGGUUUAGCAUUAGAAUUAGCAUUAGCUUUAGGUCCUACUCCAGCUGGUAUACAACAAUUAUGUAAAGCGAUUGAUAUUUUUCCAACUAUAAAAGCUAUUAAUACAUUAGCAUCAUAUUAUAUUAAACAAGGUGAUUAUGUAUCUGCUUUACAAAUUUUAAAUGAUUUUGUUGAAUUUGUUGAAAGUUAUAUUAAUGCUGGUGCAAAAGGCAACUAUAAUAUUAUAUUACACAGAUGUGAAAUAACUAGAGUACUAUUAUUACUUAUACUUCAACCAUCACCACAAAGACUGGCACCUUCUUUAGCACAGGUUUUGGAAAAAUAUGCAUGGGUAGAAGAAACUACAGAUAAUGAUUUUAAUAUGAAUGAAGAUGAAUUACUAUUAUUACAAUCAUUAGUAUUAUCAUGUCAAUCACAUGAUUAUCAAGCAUUACUAGAACUAGAAAGUGAAUUGUGGCCUUAUUUAAAUAUUGAACAAAAGGAGUUAUUACAUAAGUUAAUUCAAGUUUUAACAAUACAAUAAAUAUAUUUUUUGUUAUAUAA